GCCACUCGUCGCCGCGCGGCCGCCACGCAGUCGGCUUCCUCGUGCUUAACGCAACUUUACGUGAUCUCGUGUCUUCCCAACAGCUUGACGAGGAGAAAUCGACUCUCAAUCAGCAGCUGCUCGACAUGAAAAGAAGAGAGUCGACCCUGGUGGCCGAGUUUGAGGAGGAGCGAUCGUCGCUGCGCAAAACCCUGGACCUGACGUCGAGCAAGAUCUCCGGGAGGGACCGCGAGCUGGACAAGUUGAAGACCGAGCUGUCAGCCCUGCGCAGUGCAGGCAACGCGGCACGGGAUCUGCAGAGCACGGUGCAGGCCCUGGAGACGGAGAAAACCAGACUGGAGCAGAAGGUGCAGAGCCUGGAGUCGGCGCUCGGCGAGACCAAGAGGAAGCUCGACACUCAGCCCAUCGCCGCGUCCGCGGCCGUCGCGGCCACCACCAAGGCGGCUCGGCAAGACGCGGACGACGAGGAGGAGGACGACGACGUCAGCGGCCAGGUGGAGUUCCUCAACUCGGUGAUCGUGGAACUGCAGAGGAAGAACGAGGACCUCCAGUCGCAGCUGGAGAAGUUGGCCCAGGCAGCCGUGAAUGGGAAUGACGCCGCCGGACAGGGGGACAGCGCUGAAGAGCCGGAGGAGGGCCGCCGCCAGGUGGCGCCGCGUCUCUUCUGCGACAUCUGCGACUGCUUCGACCUGCACGACACGGAGGACUGCCCCACGCAGGCCCAGCCCGAGGAGGAGCCGCCCCACUCGGCCCACCACGGCGAGCGCCACGCCACGCGGCCCUACUGCGGCAUUUGCGAGUCGUUUGGCCACACCGCCGAGCAGUGCAACGACGACGAGACGUUCUAGAGACGGCCGACCGCCUUGCCCAGCUUGCCCCCCCCUUCCCCCCCCGCCCUCUCCUACCACUCUCACCGUGGCCACCGACCCCACCCGCCUCCCACUUUCAUGGCGGAACCGACAAACGCGUGUCUUCUCUCCAAGCGAACGACCUCAUCGCUUCGUUAAUAGCUUUUUCAGUCCUCCGCUCGUUACCCUUUCCUGCCCUCUCCUGCCCUUCCCUUUCCUCCGGCCUCCUCCGUGUACUCCCCCACCCCAAACUUCCCCCGCCCACCACGUCUCCCCCCUCCCCUCCACUUCUUCCCUGCUUCAUCCCUCCUCCCUCCCCCCACAACCACAAUCCUCUCUCAGUUUCCAAACUCACCACGGCCACUCUCAACCACCAACUCAAUUCUCACCUCCACUCACCACCACCAAACACUCUCACCACCUCCACUCUCACCACCACGAAUUCUCAAUACCCCCCCGCCCCUCCUUCCCCUCCUCCCUCUCCUCCCUGGAUAGGGAGGUGUGGGGGAAGGGUUUUAUGCUCAUAGGUAACCGUGGCAACUUCAGGGCAACCGCCACCUACGAUUGCCACCGGCAACGCAUGAAACUAUGAGCGCCGUGGUCAUGCCAGAGUGGCGUAGAUUGAGAAGAAGAGUUCAGCUCAUCCGGACGGAGGUUGCCGAGCGCUGUGUGGGGCGUUCGAUGAGCAGUGACUGAUGCACAGAGCUCGCGUUCGCGCAACGACACAGCCUCGAGCCAGUCACGUGACCUCUGUCCGCAUUUUGGCAACUGGCGGACGACAAAGCGAAAGUUGCUGGUGACAAUUUGCCGGUGACGGUUAUCCGAACAUGUGUCCUGACCUUGCAGGGGUUACUGCCGUAAAAAGGAAAUAAAUAUAUGAAGGCGACGUUUCAGGCAACGGCCCUUCUUGAUAGCACGCAACAUCAUUUGUGUAACCAUUGCCGAAAAUGUGUCCGGUUUUAUAUAUUUCAAUUUCCUUUUGAAGGCAACGUUAUUGACGGAAUGUGUUGAUCUGUUUGUUGUUUGUUUAAUUGCUCUUGUGCACCGCUGCCAAAGCAGUAUCACCAAAUAACGUUUCGUUUUAUCGGGGUCACUGUAUAUAUGCUGCAUUCACCCACGUGGGUUGUGUCACAUUUCUUCAAAUUGUCUCCGCAGCAAGCUCCACGCGGGCGCGUGUUGGGCGUUCGUUGUCACGCGCGCCGGUCUAUGCACACUCGGCGCCACCUUCCUCGCGUUGUGGGACACUGGGGAGGCAUCCACCCGCCCUGCGCACACGCACGCCCAACAGGACUCGGCACCAAAGGGGAGAGGGAGGCUCGUGCGUGCGUGUUUUUGUGCGUCGGUGGUUCUCUCUGCAACUGUUUGGUGUGCCUGUGCGCGACCGUUUUCCUACUUGCACGUGCGCUCGAAUGACCACCUGGGGCACUUUUGUUUUCAUUUAAUUUUCUACACGCAUUUUAUUUUUUACCUCGGCAGAGGUGUCCUGAAUUUCAAUCAGCUGCUCCGUUCAUGAAGCCUUAAAUUCUGCAGGAAAAAAAACCAUUCUACAGCUUACGUCUUGAAACCCGUAAUCAAAUUUUAGAAAUAUAUAUACACUUGAGGAGUGGUUUAACAUCAAACUGUAGCUCCUGCACCAAUGAUUGUAGUCAUUUUUCCGUUGUAAAUCUGUCCAGCGCUGGAAAGAAACUGUUAAUCUCAUCCGAAGGAGCGGGGCCGUUCUCGUAAAUCAACCGCAGCUCAAUUUUCACGCGACACCACCGCAGUUGCGUGGAAUCCAUGGCGGGGGGGGGGGGGGUAGCGGAGGCCGGGGAGGAACGGACCUCUGGAGCGCAAGUAUCGCUCGCGGUUGCUGCUGCUGCUAUUGUUGUUGUUACCUUGAAUUGAGAUGAUGAGCGAGCGAGCAAAACCACAGGUGCCCUCGGCGUAGCGUCGGGCCGUAAACUACCUGACGCACUUGGAGCGCCGCCCGCACCGCACUUGUCGCGAACCCGCACGCCAAAUUGUGUCGUCAACGCACUCCUCCGCUCGCCUCUGCAACAACAAUCUGUUUCUCCUUAUUUAUUCGCUGCCUUCCUCGGCCCGUCGAGUUUAUCGGAGCGGUCAUCAGCGACGUCUUUCCACGUGAAGGGGGCGCGGGUUUUUUUGUGUUUUAUGAUUUUAAACCAAACUUGGCAAUGGCGAAGGUGCAACGCUGGAAUUGCUUUUGCUUGCGCUCGCUGCUGGCGGGAGCGGUCUCCACUCGCGGGGAACUUGAGCGACAGUUACCCCUCUUCCCUUCUUGAGGGGUAACUUUGGCCGACUCACGCACGCUUUGGUGGCCCCCUGCCCUUUGCGCAUCUCCGAUUAUCACGUGUCGGUCACGUGCGGCGCGACAGAAGUUCAGCAUUGCAUGCUCGCCAGAAUACCCGCGUGGUUUGGUUUUCUUACGAACGGGGACGCCACUUUGGCCUAUUCUGCCGCCACUUUCCCGUGCGAUGAAGACGUCAAUGCUUGGGACGCGUACCAGAGGGUGUGCGGUGUAAUGUAACAACAAUUUCCGCAGGGGACGGCUGCUGGAGUUGACGUCGUAAGAAACCAAUUUCCUCAGUUCCCUUCGGUCACCUCUCAAUUCACGCCAGGGUGGCGAUGAGACGCCCUCGGUGUGGACCGACGCACGGCAGUCGAACACAACACAAAAAACACGACAAGUUUGCCGAACUCAAAAGAGCUGGAAUUAUUUGAAGCGACAAACCAAACUUCGCACACGCGCGCACACCGUGGGUUGUUUCGUUCUGUGUGCAGCGUGUGUAGUAUGUGUGUCAGUGAGUGUCGUGCAAUCAUUCGGUGCCACGCCGCCGAAUCCAUCCGUUCAACUCCGCCCCACACUUUCGAACGUCGGAAUCGAGCGCCGAGCGAUGCGACGAACGGAAGGGACCCGGUCCAAUAGGAUCGUUCAUUCGCGGUGUCCGCACCGCAGGGGUCGCCUGCGCAGUGUAGCGUGAAGGUAUCCCCCCACCCACCCCCCCGUGCUUUUUUGACGUAUGCUGUAUAUUUUACACGGAUGGGGGGUGGCGGGGGGGGGGGGUGCUGGGGAGGGAGGUUGCUGCUAAGAGUGGCUUACGACUGCGUGCGCGAGCGAGUAAGCGAGUGUACGCCAGAGAGCUUGAACGGUUCGUCGGGGCCUUUCAUCGGCGGCUGUUUGAAAUGGGCAGCCGGCUUAAGGAACGCGUCGGGUGUGCAAGGCCGGGUGUUGGGGCUUUGGUGGGGUGGUGGGGGGGUCCACAUCCGAGUGGUGGUCGGUCGCGCAACUUGAAUCGCCUGCGGCUGCUUCGUCCACGUGUGCGAGCGAGCGAGCAGUUGCGGCAGUGGCGUCAUUCGUGAAGGCAGCAACCAAAAAUCGCGCGCGAGUUAUUGUUUUGUUUUGUGAGAGUUGCACGCGAUUUGAAAACGCGUCGAGCGAGCCGAUUGCCGCUUUGGAAGUUGACUUGGGUCCUUCGUUCUGUGAGCCCUCCCACCGGUUGCCGCAACCGGUUGCGGAGACGUCCGCAUACGGAUGCGCGAUUCGAGUUGCAUGCGACCCUUCAAUCACGCCGCGUGUGGAAACCGAGUAUUAAUGUGCGGGGAGUUUGAACCGCUCGUUACCAACGUGUGUAGCGGACACGUCCUAAGCUGGGGGGGAUGUGGAUACGAGGUGGAACGCAGGGCGGCGGGUUCGUUUAUUUGGUGUUGUUGUGUACACAUUGUACAUUGUUAUAUUAUACGAUAAUAUAUUGUAGCUGUAAUUAGAUGACGGAUGGUUUAAAAACAACAAAUCUACAAUACCACAUGCACGCACUUGUGUGCUUGUGAGCAUCUUAUCAAAUUUGGGCACGAACAAAAAGGCUGCCUUUCUUUGUUGAAUAUGAAGGGAGAUGAUUCUCAGUUUGUAAGACUGGGGAAAAAAAUAUUUGAUUGUUACAAUGGUCUGGAGCGAGCGAAGGGCGUUUUAAAUGCAUUGUCUAGACUGGAGUCAGGAUUCAGUUGUUUGAUGUGGAGGGAAAGGCGCAGCCCUGCAAUUGCUUGCUCACGCCAAUGCUGCCGGAAGGGCCUCCACCGUGAGUUCUAGAGAGAGAGAGAGAGCCCCUUGACAAAGUCUAUUUGGCCGACUCUUCCAAUAUGGCCAUACAAUUGUUUAUAUAGUGAUACAUAUUGAUAAUAGUCUUUUCACAGCCCUUCCUGGAUGAAGGCUUCCUCGCUUUACUCAAGUGGCAUGGCUUGUUUGCCCAUACUUUACCACUCUUGUCAGCGCUGGUUAAUUAAUGUCUGGCUGCGGUGGAGGGAGGGGGGGUGGAGACGCGUCAUGAGCUGUUCCGAUGUUUCUCGCCACGGACGACAUGAGCUGUGGCCAGGAAUCGAACUCGGGUUUCCAGGCGCAUAGCGCCACGACCUCCUCCCACCUCCCCCCCCCUCCAAAGACAAAAAUAUCCCCUCUUAACCCUAAACAGACUGUUAGGACAAGUGCUGUUCCCAUGCACCAAUGAAGGCCGCAACGUAACACGAGUGGGUGUUGUGGCUCGUACCACGCUCGACCGCCUUUGUCUCCCCAGUGGCGAUGUUUCCGACACAUCGCACAAGAAUUUGAGGCCUAGUCGAUCUGGGUGAGGCCCAUGCACCGGUCCAGAUAAAGAAUCGUCGCUGGGGUUGUGUGAUGGACGUGAGCCCGGAAUCGAGCUCGUGUCGCCGGGAGUGUAGCGCAGCGCGCUAACCGCUACACCACCGCUACCCCCCCAACCAGCACCGCUGCUGUUUCUAUUCUCAACUGGAGAUGAAUCCCUGGUUUUUGUGCGUCUGAUCCGGGUGCAGUAUUGUGCGAGGCAGCCUUGCUUUAAGCUACAAGUCACGUUUGCACACGUCUGCCCCCGAAUCGUAAACGCAUAAAUUUACACACCCGCCUUCCGAACAAGUGGUGGGGGGAAAAUGUUAAAGGGCACUUAAGUCGCGAGUUUCGCAAUGAAGUGUUAUGUACGGCGGGCGAUGUUUUUAUAUAAGAGACUGUUUGGUGGGAUUAUGGAGCAAAACAAAAUAAGAGGAAAUUGUCACUUUAAUGCUAAAUUUGUACGGUUUUUUUCCCCCCAUGGCUACUAUUAGCGCUCUCGACCCGGCCUGGUGAGGUGAUCAGUCGUGUUUGUGAUAGACUCCACUGGCCGAAUAUAGUGUUGAUGCAGGUGGGCGGGAGGCUGUAUUGGCCGGGGGUCAAGGGAGGACAUGGGGGAGGGGGGGGUGGAAUCGUAAGAAUUUUAAAUACAGUGCUGUAUCCACUCAAUAAAAAAACCUAGAUUGCUGCAUGCCACAAUGAUUUCGACGUUUUUGUACAUUGCUAUAGUAUAUGUGCCGAGAGAGAGAGAGAGAACCCAUAACGUGUAUAUUUUCAAAUCUAUAGAAAUAAACGAUGUAUCCUUGAGGUCACUUGAAUUCGCAUGGCUCGCAAACGGGGUUUGUUAAGUCCUAGGCGUACAAGGCUCACGUUGUUAUUUGUAACACGGCAACAACACUAAUAAUGCAGCGGCUUCGCGGAGAAUGCUGAGAAAAGAAUAAAUAACGUGUCCUCUUCCCA